GUAUUUCUCUCGCUCUACCUCUGUGUGUAUUUUGUCUCCUCCUCCCUCCGUGUGCGUCUCUCUUCCUUUGUAUCUCCCCGCUUCUAUUCCUUCUUUUGAUCUCCAGCCAAGGAACCUCCAAAAUUCCAGGCACUUCACAGAACUACCCUGGGUGCGUUCCUGCAUUACCCAGUCAAGGAUAUCUCUGCCUGAGGUUGGAGAGAUGCUGUUACUCCUGGUGAUCUGAUUGCAUAGCAACACAGAAGCCCAGGGUGGUGGAGGAGGAGAGACAGAGAGCAUGCACACAGCAGCACUGAGCCUCAGCAUGCAUCCCAGUCACAGGGACUUCUUUGCUGAUUCACAGAAGCAGCCCCAGUCCCUGCCACUGAAGCCCGGCUGCUGCCUUCAUUUCAGACCUGACGGAAUCGGAAGGUGCCUUUGCCCAGAGAAGUCUCCAUCCCCAUGAGCCUUCGUUCUGAUGCAGCCAAUGGUCAUGCAGGGAUGCUCCUACACCCUCCCACGAUGUCAUGAUUGGCAUAUAGCAGACCAGUCACAUCACAGCAGCACCACCCACUCUCAAUCUCAGGUAAGCCCUGAGGUUAAAGCAGCGGAAGAUGGUGAAGGAGCGCCCUGUGUAACCCAGCAAGCUUCCAGCAGUGCCCUCAGGCCCCAGGCACCUCUGGAGAUGAAUCUUUGUUGGAAUGAAAUCAAAAAGAAAUCCCACAGCCUUCGGGCUCGUCUGGAGGCCUUUUCAGACCACAGUGGGAAGCUGCAGCUCCCCCUCCAGGAGAUCAUAGACUGGCUGGGUCAGAAGGAUGAAGAGCUGUCCGCACAGCUGCCGCUCCGGGGAGAUGUGCUCUUGGUACAGCAGGAAAAAGAGACGCACGCGGCUUUCAUGGAAGAGGUGAAGUCUCGGGGCCCAUAUAUUUAUUCCGUCCUGGAGUCGGCGCAGGCCUUCCUUUCCCAGCACCCAUUCGAGGAAUUAGAGGAACCCAAUUCUGAAAGUAAAGAUGUCUCUCCAAGGCAGAGGAUCCAGAACAUCAGCCGUUUUGUCUGGAAGCAGGCGAAUGUGGCCAGUGAGCUGUGGGAGAAGCUCACUGCCCGCUGUGUUGACCAGCACCGUCACAUUGAACGGACACUGGAACAGCUGCUGGAGGUCAAGGGAGCCAUGGAGGAGCUUAGCACAACACUGGACCAGGCCGAGAGUGUGCGAGAAACCUGGGAGCCCAUUGGGGACCUCUUUAUCGAUGCCUUACCAGAGCACAUCCAGGCAACCAAGCUGUUUAAAGAGGAGCUCUCCCCCAUGAAGGACGGGGUGAAGCUAGUUAAUGACCUCGCACACCAGCUUGCUAUCUCAGAUGUGCAUCUGUCCAUGGAGAACUCCCGGGCUCUGGAGCAGAUCAACACCCGAUGGAAACAACUGCAGGCCUCGGUUAAUGAACGCCUGAAGCAGCUUCAGGAUGCCCAUCGGGACUUUGGACCAGGUUCCCAGCACUUCCUCUCCACCUCUGUCCAGGUUCCCUGGGAACGAGCAAUUUCACCCAAUAAAGUGCCGUACUACAUCAACCACCAGGCUCAGACGACAUGCUGGGACCACCCCAAGAUGACCGAGUUAUACCAAACGCUAGCCGAUUUGAACAACAUCAAAUUCUCUGCGUAUCGGACAGCCAUGAAGCUGCGCCGUGUCCAGAAAGCUCUGCGGUUGGACCUGGUGACUCUGGACACAGCCUUGGAAAUCUUUAAUGAGCACGAGCUACAGCCCAGCGAUCGUGUGAUGGACGUGGUGGAGGUCAUCCACUGCCUGACUGCCCUCUAUGAGCGGCUGGAGGAGGAGAGGGGCAUUCUGGUCAACGUGCCGCUCUGCGUGGACAUGAGUCUCAACUGGCUGCUCAACGUUUUCGAUAGCGGUCGCAGCGGGAAGAUGCGAGUGCUGUCCUUCAAGACUGGCAUUGCAUGUCUGUGUGGCACAGAGGUGAAGGAGAAAUUCCAGUAUCUCUUUGGCCAGGUGGCGAAUCCCGGCGGUCUGUGCGACCAGCGGCACCUCAGUAUCCUGCUGCAUGAGGCCAUUCAGGUUCCGCGCCAGUUGGGAGAGGUGGCGGCGUUUGGGGGCAGCAAUGUGGAGCCCAGUGUCCGCAGCUGCUUCCGCUUCAGUAAUGGGAAGCCUGUGAUCGAGGUCGUCCAGUUCCUGGAAUGGGCCAACCUGGAGCCACAGUCCAUGGUGUGGCUGGCUGUCCUGCACAGAGUGACCAUUGCUGAGCAGGUGAAGCACCAAACCAAGUGCUCUGUCUGCAAACAGUGUCCCAUCAAAGGCUUCAGGUACCGCAGCCUGAAGCAGUUCAACGUGGAUAUCUGUCAGACCUGCUUCCUGACCGGACGAGCCAGCAAAGGGAACAAGCUCCACUAUCCCAUCAUGGAGUACUAUACCCCGACCACCUCUAGUGAGAACAUGAGGGACUUUGCUACGACUCUAAAAAACAAGUUCCGGACCAAGCAGUACUUCAGCAAGCAUCCACAGAGAGGCUACCUGCCCGUCCAGUCUGUGCUGGAAGCUGACUUCAGUGAGACACCAGCCUCCUCCCCGAUGUUACCGCAUGCCGAUACCCACUCCCGGAUCGAACACUUCGCCAGCAGGCUCGCGGAGAUGGAAAGCCAGAACUGUUCCUUGUUUAAUGACAGCUUGUCCCCAGACGAUAGCCUGGAUGAGGAUCAGUACCUGUUGCGUCACUCCAGCCCAAUCACAGACGGAGAGCUGGUGUGCAGCCCAAAGGUCGAGGACAGCCUAAACACAGAGGAUAAGGGGGAGCUGGAGAGAAUCCUGGCCCACUUAGAGGAUGAGAACAGGAUCCUCCAAAGAGAGCUGAGACGUCUGAAAUGGCAGCACGAUGAGGCAGUGGAGUCCCCCACUGUGGCAGAAGGGUCUCCGGAAUCAGCCCAAGAGCCACACAAUGAUGAGCUCCUGGCUGAAGCAAGGAUCCUUCGGCAACACAAGAGCCGCCUGGAGACCCGAAUGCAGAUCCUGGAGGACCAUAACAAGCAGCUGGAAUCCCAGCUGCAUCGCCUCAGAGAGUUGCUACUGCAGCCACCGACUGAUUUGGACGUCAAUGGCUCUGCGGCCUCUUCCUUGGCUUCCUCGCCCCAUCCGUCGGAGGGAAGCCAGCCCAGGGAGAAGGAGCACAACACCCCUGAAACUGAAGCUGCAGAUGAGGUGGAGACGAGGGCACGGGAUGUCAGUCUGUGUUUGGAGGACAUCAUGGAGAAACUGAGGAGUGCCUUCCCCAACUCCCAAGGUGUGACCUCCUGUAUCUAACACCUCCUGCGGGUAAGAGGCUUUGUCUAACCAGCUUCUUGAUUGCUUUCCUCCCCCACCUCUCACCCUCUUACUCUUCCUGGGAUGGGCUUCCCUCAGACCCUCUUGGGGGCACUCCAGUGAAUGGCCUCCAUGAAGUCCACCAACGUCAGAAGAUCUCAGGGGAACGGCUACUGGCCACGUGGGAAUGUGACUGCAGGAUCUGUGGAGUGCUGGCUGGAGCCAUCCUGAAUGACCAGCCAGUUCUGACCAAGUGUUCUGGGGUCUGGUUUUAAGGAACUCUAUAAAGCAUUCAAAAGAAACCCAGGAACUGAAACCCUGAGAUGGUACUGAACAUGAAACACAGGCAGAGACUUCCCCCUCCCUCGCUGGUCACAAACUGUCGCCCUCCUUAUAAGGAAAGGUAAGGUAAGGAAAUCGCCUACAGGGGAUGGCAGAGCCCUGCCCAGCCUUGACUCACUUCAGCUGUGUGGGCUGCUUCUGCUCCCAGACAGUCUCCUGCUGGGCACCAGGCAGCCUAAUGCUCCCGCAGCAACUGGACAGUAAACAGCCUCCGAGUAUCUAUUUUAAUACCUUUUUUGUUAACUGCCAAAGGCUGUGAGUCUGACUAACUGAACUCUGUCAAUUGCCUGGUACCCCGGGAUCUCCAGGUCCAGGCUGGGGGUGCUUGCCUAGUGGGAACAGUGCAGGGAGGGCGAAAGGGGGAAGGGAGGAGUUAAUAAAACAGCUUCAGCCCAGCUAGUAGCCUUAUCUGGAGAGGAGCUUUAUAACAGAGAGCCUUAGCAUUUAAUUUACCAUAUAUAUAUAUAUAUAUAUAUAUAUAUAUAAAUAUAUAUAUAUAUAAAAAUGUACUUAGAUACUAUCGUGGACUCACUCACGCAUUAAAUUCUAAUACCUUGUUCAGUGAUAAUUUCCGCCUCACUCAUUGGGUCUAUUCGAGCAUCUGCUUUUGAGAGGACAGUACCUUCUGUGCUAUCAUUUACUCUUACAACUCCCCAUCAGAGGCAUGGUUUGUGCUGCCCCUGGCCUAGAAACUCCCCCUAGGUGAUCUCAGUGCAGUGGGAUUGACUAGUGGCACUAGGAUGCGAAUCCAGGGUUCAUUUCCCUUCUGAGCUGUCUGUCACUAUAACACCGGAGUCAGGGCUGGAACAACCUCCCCUCCCAUAGUUAUAAUAAGGGGCCCCAGCUCCUCCCAGGAUGGAAAAUUAAACUAAAUAAAACAGGUGGCCCCGAUCUAUCAGCUGAAUCCCGACACAUUGGCAAUGGGGGAUUAUCCCAGCAACAAAGACGUGUGUCUAGUGGGUUCUUCGUAUUCAUCUCUCCUGAGGCCGUUAGAGACUUUAGCUCUGGUCCCCUGGCUGCUCACCGACUUUGUUAUGCCCAUUUGGCAGUUCCAUCCCAUGCGGCAGGCUCUCCUCCAUUUCAUAGAAUCAUAGAAUAUCAGGGUUGGAAAGGACCUCAGGAGGUCAUCUAGUCCAACCCCCUGCUCAAAGUAGGACCGAUCCCCAAUUAAAUCAUCCCAGCCAGGGCUUUGUCAAGCCUGACCUUAAAAACUUCUAAGGAAGGAGAUUCCACCACCUCCCUAGGUAACACAUUCCAGUGUUUUACCAUUUCUACAUCUGGUAGGUAAAUGUGCUCCUUUUCUUCUAGGGUGUUGCAAGAGAAAUGGGCAGGCUCACAUCUCUUGGUGACACUUAGCCAUUGUGAUGUAUCAGGACAUGAUGUUGUGAGGCAGUGGCACCGGCCAGAGCCAUAUCAGGAAGGAGAUGGAGCUGUGCUCUGGUGAGCUCCAUCAUGCUUCUAAAAAUCUCUCCCUCUUCAUCUGGAGCUAGGGCCCCUAGACCAUUUGCUGCAACCCAGGAAGCUGUUUGGUUUGGGAUCCCAGAGGGUACAACUGGGGUCUCUCCUUAAAUGAGGGAACUAUUUGGCACGGGGUGUGUGUGUGUGUACAAAACUUGUGUUGCAAGCAUGCAGGAUUGUGUUGUGUCUUGUAGCACAGCAAUGUGUUCUCUGGAACACUUGGAUCUGGAAGGCUCCAGAAAGUUGUCUGUCUGGGACAAAGUGUUAUGGUUGAGAAGACUGCAGAGCUGGGGGGCUGCAACAUGUUCUCCAGUGGGGAAAGGUACCCUGGGAAUGGGGUGGAAUGUUCUUUCUUGGCGGGGAGGGGCUGUGAGGUGCAAGGCAAUAAGGUUGCAGUGUAGUAGAGGCAUAAUAGGAAGUUUUAUGAAGAACAGCGUGGAAUGUCAUAUGCAGACUGUGUGUGUUAGGGUUGCUACAUUCUCCAAAGCUGAUGACAUUAGGCAUAUUAUAUGGGGAGCUCAUCACAGAACUCCAGAGUCAAAAUAACCUGUGUUGUGGGGAUCUGACUGCUGCAGCUGUGCAUUGGAAAAGUUCUGGUUUGCUUUGCUGUUUGCUCUUGUGUAUUGAAGGUGCUGAGAAGACUGUGGUGUUAGGACUGCAGUAGCGUAUUGUGGCCUGGUAGGUGGCUGCAGUGGGGUGGGUAUAAGGCGCUUUAGAGUGCUGUGUUAGGUUUGAGGGAGUGCUCUGGUGUCUUGGAGGUUCUGUGUGAUACUGACUUUGUGGUGGUAUAUUGUGUAAUGUUGUAGAUCUUGUUUGGUGCAGCAUGUUGUGGAUUAUGAGGCUUGCUGUAGUACACUGUACAUUGUGCAUAGGAGUUCCUGUGAUCAGUGAUGUUGUGUAGUAAAAGGUCCUGUGGAUUUUGGUGUCUCUUCAUAGCCCAGUGAAUUGCUGUCCUGUGAGGUAUAUUGGAAGCACUGUAGAUUGCUAUAGCAUGCUGUUUACUGGAGGCGCUGUGGAUUGCGGUAUUAAGCUUAGUGUAGCAGGUAGGGCAGUAGGGUUAAUGUGUAUUGAGUGGCCAAAUGUGGGGACUUGUCCUGUGUGAGGGCAGCUGUAGAAGGCUGUGGAUUGUGUGUGAGGAGCAACACAAUGUUCUCUCAGUGCUGCCGCGAUGGAAAUUGCUGUGGCCCAUUCUCUGCCAGGAAUGUCAUCAGUGGAGCCACUCAUGAGUGGGGAUUGACCAGUCCAGUGGAGGAGCAUGUGUCUCUGCAGAGACAGUCUUGCAGGUUCUGCGUUUGGGACCAGUGCAGAAGGCUCAGGCUGGGUGAUGCUGCCGGAAGCUGGGGAGAGCUCUCACGGAUGGGACCGCCUGAGACACAGACCCUGACAAAGUGAGAGCACCCUCUGUAGUUGCUGUUCCCCAGAGGAAUUGCUGCUGGCUUUGCCCUUGGGAAUCUCACCAGCCCACAUCAGGCUCCAUGCUGGUCCCCCUGGCUCCAGUCCAUCAGGGAGGAGCGGCUUUGGAUUCAUCCAGACCAAACUGUUGCACUUCUCCUUCUAGGUAGAGGCUAGGAGAAAAGUAGAGGAAACCGCAAUUGCACCCUCUCUAGCCUAGUCAGGCCCUAAGUGAGAGGAGCAAGUCAGACAGGUGGUGUUCACCUCAUCUGCUUUACCACCAUGCUUCACAGGCACAAACAACUUAGCCCUAGUGCUAGGAGAGCCGGGAAAGGUUUGUUCCUACCAUGGCCUGUGGCUUCCAAGGCUGCCUGCCACAUGGAGACCCAGGCGGAGGGCCCUGUUGCAGUGAUGAUUGGAACCACCCGUUAUCAGCUGUGGGAUGGGGCAGGAGAUGGCUCCCUCUGCUAGCAAACUGGAGAAGGGCUAGCAGGGAUAUCGUUUUGCCUGUGGAAGGGUGAGACUGGGAAGUGGCUAAGAAUGAGAGAGAGAGGCAAGAUUCGAGCAAAGGCACCUCUAAAAACAUGUUCAGGAGUUGUUGCUUUUCCCUGCAUGAAAUCUCCCUUCUGGGGAGCAGAGGCCAGGGCCUGCUCAUCUCCCCAACUGGUUUAGAGCGGUGGCCGGCAUGAUCAGUGACAGAGUUUAAGGCCAGAAGGGACCACUACCUCCUGUUUAUCACAAGCCACCAACACCCCAGCCCCCGCAUACAAAACCCAGCAACUGGAAUUAGGCCAAGUAUCACAGGACACUAAACUAUGACAUGCCACAGGCAGAGGACAGAAGGACUGAGGUGCACCAGUGCCCGAGGCCCCUGCACUGUCAGGGAAAUGAUUAAACGAGACCCCCAGAUAAUCCUGGCAAGUGACCCAUGCCCUCAUGCUACAGAGGAAGAUGGAAACACCCCAAAGGCACUGCCCAUCUGAGCGCCUGGGUUAGUGUCUUAGUGUUCCAUCUGAACACAAAACGAUUGAUAGUUAUUGACAGUGCAAUAAGCCCAGAGAGUGGGACCCCCUGCAGCUGAAGGGUCCCACUGCUUUACUAGACCCUCAACCCUGGGUGCUCCUUGGUGUCCCCUGUGCUCUGCCCUCCUUGAAUUCAAGUGUUCCUGGACAUUCCCCAGUCUCAGACCUAUCUACAGCAUUCUCCCUCUUCCCCUGCCCAGGCUUGGCUCCCCAUCUCAUGAUGGCUUUGCAGCACUCCAGAGCUUUCUUUGCUAUGAGUGCUAAUCUAGGCCCUGAUUAAAACCACCUGAUACACUAAUGUAAUUAGUGGGGUUUUUAGCUAUAAAAUGACAGGCCUCCAGUUUCUCUUGUACCUCCUCUGAGCUCCUUCCCUUAAUCACUGAGGCCUAGAUCCUCAAAGGUAUUUGGGCACCUAAUUCCCAUGUGUUAGGUGUCUAAAUACCUUUGAGACUCAGACCUGAUUGCUUUGCCCUCUUUCGCUUUGGAAAGGGCAGCUGUAGAGAAUCAGAUCUCUCCCUGAGCUAGCUCUGCACUGUAAGUAAAUAUACAGCCAAGGCCAACCGGCCGAACCUCUAGGACAUUUUCUUUAUAAGCUAAGAUUGUAUUGUGCAUAAGUGAGUUCAGGAUUUCUGUUAAAGCUGGGAAGGGAACAAACUAGUUAACUCUGGGUACUGUUUGCUGUGGUGCUGUCCUCACUGGCUUCUCUCUAUUUCUGCUUUAGAAAAAGAGAAUAAAUUUGUAUUUAUAUUGAUA